GUGGACGGGGCUUCUUCGUCUUUUCCUUUUUUUUUGUAGAUCUUUUUUUAAAGAAUAUAUUUAAUAAAACUAUAAAAAAUUAAAGUGAGAACACAUAAAUAGUUUCAAUAUAUUUUUCUUAUAACUGUAGACGGAAUAGAAAACACAUCCACAAAUAUAUUCGUUUAACCCAGAAAAAAGUCAGCAUAAAAAACAUACACAUACCUAUCUAUAAUAAAAGAGUAGAACAGAGACCUAAAAACAAUUAAAAUGAAUAUUCCGAAUGAAUAUAUUGCGAAAACUGAAGACGUUGCCGAUCAGGUAAUUCGGCGAGGCAAAAACAUAUUGCCAACAGUUGCACGCUUAUGCCUGAUAGCCACUUUUUUUGAGGAUGGCUUACGUAUGUACUUUCAGUGGAAUGAACAGCGAGAAUAUAUGGAUAUGAGCUGGGGCUGUGGUAAAUUUUUGGCAACAAUAUUUGUUCUAGUAAAUUUAAUCGGGCAACUGGGAGGCUGUGCAAUGGUCAUUGCUAGGUAUAAGGUUGACAUAGCUGUUGGGAUUUUGUUCUUCAUUGUUGUACUACAGACAAUUGCUUAUUCAAUAUUGUGGGAUAUACAAUUUCUUUUACGCAAUCUGGCCUUAAUUGGUGCUCUGCUGCUUGUAUUGGCCGAAUCUAGAGUUGAAGGACGCAGUCUUUUUGCGGGAGUACCUUCACUGGGCGAUAAUAAACCCAAAAAUGUUAUGCAGCUAGCCGGACGUAUUUUACUUGCAUUUAUGUUUAUAACAUUGAUUCGUUUCGAAUUGAGCUUCCUACAAAUUCUUCAAGAUAUCCUUGGUUCAAUUUUAAUGGUAUUAGUUACGAUUGGUUACAAAACUAAAUUAUCUGCCCUUAUACUCGUUGCUCUUUUGACUAUUUUAAAUUUAUACCAUAAUGCGUGGUGGACUAUUCCUGCUUAUAAGCCGCUUAGAGAUUUUCUGAAAUACGAUUUCUUCCAGACUCUUUCUGUUAUUGGUGGGCUGCUAAUGAUAGUAUCAUUGGGCCCCGGCGGAGUAUCCAUGGAUGAGCAUAAGAAAAAAUGGUAGAUAUUGAAUUGUUAACUAAUUAAGACGUUUCAUUUUCGACUCCAUGCGUAAGCACAGCCACAAAAACCACUCCAAUUUUUUUUAUUUUGUAAUAUUUUUGUUUCGUGUCGACUUAAAUUUAGUAGAAAAAGAAAGAAAAAAAUAA